AUGGCAAUUAAGCUUGCACUUCUAGUCACUGUCUUUGUAGCCUCAUUGGCCGUUUCAAAGGGACGAUCUCUUACAUUUUCGAAGAAACUUGAUCGUUAUAGCUUUCCUCCUGGUUUUAGUUUUGGUGUUGCUUCUUCGGCUUAUCAGUAUGAAGGUGCUAUUGAAGAAGGAGGGAGGACGCAGAGCAUUUGGGACAACUUCACACACGCACAUCCAGAGAGAACAAAUAUGGACAACGGAGACAUAGCCGUUGAUUUUUAUCAUCGUUAUAAGGAUGACAUAAAAUUAAUCAAGGAAAUGAAUAUGGAUACUUUCAGAUUCUCCAUCUCCUGGUCAAGAAUAUUACCAAGUGGAAAGCUAAGUGAUGGGGUAAACACUGAAGGAAUACAAUUCUACAAAAACCUCAUUGAUGAACUUAUAGAGAACGGUAUAAGACCUUUUGUAACUAUCUACCACUGGGAUAUCCCUCAAGUUUUAGACGAUGAGUAUGGCGGCUUCUUAAGCCCUCGAGUCAUUGAUGAUUUCCGGAACUACGCUAGAGUGUGCUUCGAAGAAUUCGGUGGAAAGGUCGAUAUGUGGACAACCUUCAACGAACCGUAUGUUUAUAGUGUUGCGGGUUACGACAGUGGUAACAAAGCAAUGGGACGGUGCUCGAAAUGGGUAAACAGCUUAUGUGUUGCUGGUGAUUCGGGCACGGAACCUUACUUAGUAUCUCACCAUCUUCUUCUAGCUCAUGCUGCAGCUGUUGAAGAAUUUAGAAAGUGUGACAAGAUUUCACAAGAUGCUAAGAUAGGCAUAGUGUUGUCUCCAUUUUGGUUCGAACCCUAUGAUAUUGAUUCGCAUGCUGAUAAAGAAGCAGUUAAUCGAGCUCUUGAUUCCUAUAUUGGUUGGCAUCUUCAUCCUCUAACCUUUGGAGAUUAUCCUGAAACGAUAAAGAAGAACGCUGGGAACAGAUUGCCUCAUUUUACCAAAGAACAAUCAGAAUUUAUCAAAAACUCUUUUGAUUUCAUCGGAAUAAACUACUACACUGCUAGAUUCGUUGCCCACAAGCAUCAUCACGACCAUACACGACUUCGUUUCACAACGGAUCAACAUCUCGAGUAUAAAGUGAUAAAUCGUAGCGGUGAUUACAUCUCUUCAGAGUCGGAUGGAACAAAACUUCUCUACUCAUAUCCUGAAGGCAUACGAAAGAUUCUAAAUUAUAUCAAAUAUAAAUAUAAUAACCCAGCGAUUUACAUAACUGAAAAUGGAUUUGAUGACUACAAUGUUGGGACAGUUCCACGUGAACAACUAUUAAAGGACACAAAAAGAAUACAGUACCAUGAAAAACAUCUUCAAGAACUCCAUAAAGCUAUCACUGUAGAUGGGUGUGAUGUGAGGGGAUAUCUCGCAUGGUCGUUGUUAGAUAAUUUUGAAUGGGAACAUGGCUACGCGAUGAGGUUUGGUCUCUACUACGUUGAUUAUGCAGAUGAUCUAAAACGAUAUGCUAAAGAUUCAGCCAAAUGGUUCAAAACUUUCCUAGAGAGAUCGGAUCAACCGACACCGAUGGAUCUGUUUAAGAGUAUCAAGAAGCUGUGGUCUGCAUUGCAGAUGAUCUGA